GUGUGUAAUCGUCGUUUCACAUCGUUUCAACUACCUCGCGCAUCAUUCUGCAGUCGCAAGAAAAAGACAAAAGGAGAAACAGCAGCAGGAGUAGCAACUGCGCCGAUUGCACGCACAAAUUUCAUUCAUCGAAUUUUUAUUAAUUUGGUUGGCACUCUCUGGUCGAAGUCUAGUUAUUUCAUUUACUUGCCAGAAUAACCAACUGGUGCUGUCGCCGUUGUUUUUGUUUUUUUGUUUCGCCUCAAUUCAAAACACCCAAAAACUCGCGCUCAUUGUGUAAAAUGUGAUUUAAUUACGUUUUUUCACUCGCAAAUCGUGUGACGCGGCCAUAUUUAAAACGAAUUUAAUGUUGAAUGCUGUGAAAAGGCCUCAGAAAUUAUAUAAAUACUGCUUGGAAGGCAGUUGCAAUUAAGGUGACAACCAAUCACAGCCAAGCCUCCAUUAUGAUGGACCGCAAGAAGGUGUUGGAAUUGGACAAAAUCUGCCGCCUUUGCAUAUCGGAGCGAAAGGAAAUGCGUCCGCUCUUCAGCGAAAAAGUGCCCGAAAUGCUAAUGGACUGCACCAGUGUACGCGUGGAGCCCACCGAGGGCUGGCCGGACAAAAUAUGCGUGCAAUGUGUUCAUGCCGUCAGCCGGAAUCAUGCAUUCAAAACGCUCGUCGAGCGGAGCGACAAAGAAUUGCGCGAAUAUAUUCGAGGCCUCACAGUGCGUAUGGUCACUGAUGAGACGUUGACGCCGCAGGAGCGCAAACAGCAAAAGGUGCUGCUACAGAAACAGCUCAAGCAGCAGCAGCAACAGCUCGAGGAGCAGCAACAAUUAUUAAUGCAGCAACAGCUGCUGCAACAACAACAGCAACAGCAGCAACAACAUUCACCCAUUUUUGUACUGCACCAGUCGCAACAACAGCAGCAACAAGUGCAGGUCAAGCCCAAGAGUAAAUUGAAGCCACUGAUGCGGAAGGGCGCCGCACGUCAAACGAAAAAGCAGCAGGAAAUUGUGCAACUACUGCCAGAGCCAGCACCACCCCCGCCACCUCCGCUGAUAACCCAGCAGCAACAACAACAGCAGCAACAACAACAACACAUACAACAAAUGCAGCUGCCAACGCUGCAACCGGCGCCAACGCAACUGAUGCCGACAACAACAACACAACAGCAAAUCCUACUGCCCAAUGGCCAGUUUAUCACCACACAGAUUGUAACGCCGCAGCUGGCGCAGAUAAUCAGUUCGCAGGCGACAACAAAUGCGAAUGCGACGCAAGCGGCGCAAGCGCAAUUUCUGCCACAACUCCUGCAAGCGCCCAAUGGUCAAACGUUGCAAAUUGUCCAGCAACCGAAUGGUACACAGACGCUACAGCUUGUCCAGCUGGUGCCUCAGCGCACCAUGGCGACGGCGACGGCGGGAGCUGUGAGCACAACAACAACGGCGGAGCUGUGUGCGGCGAGUGGAAAUGGCGGCGCCUCUUUAGCUGAUGCAGAUGUUCAUCUGCUGGAGGAUGCUGAAAUGGUCGAUGAGGAGGAGCUGGAUGAGGUGUAUGAACAUCUCGAUGGCAAGGGACACGCAUUCGAGACGAUUGUGCUGGACGAUGAUCAACAGCAGGAUUAUCUGAAGGAGCAGCAGCAGCAGCAUCAUCACCAUCAUCAUCAUCAUCAGGUGCUCAUCGACGAGGAGUUGACGCACAGCGACAUCCAGGAUCAGGACCAGGACCACGAACAGGAAUUGGAUCAUGAGCAGGAGCAGGAGCAUGAUGGGUAUUUUGUUGAGCACCUGAUGCAGCACGAGGAUGGCAGCGGCAUUGUCAAACCAGAGGAUGAAGUUGAAGAUAAUUUCGUCAUUGAGGAAAUUCAACUCGAGGGAGAGCAUAUGCUUGACGAUGGCGACGGAGGUGAAAUGGAGGGCGAUGUGGAUGAUAUGACGCCAGUAGAUGAAUGCGAAUAUAUUACGGAUGACCCGGAGCAUGGAGGACUCGCCGACGAUGUCGAUGAUGAGCUGCACUAUGCGAUUAUGGAGCCAACCGAUGGCGAUGUGAGCGCUAGCGAUAUUGAGCAGGCCUUCAUCGAUGUCGAUGCACAGCAGCAACAGUUGCAAGAGCAACAGUUGCAAGAGCAACAGUUGCAAGAGCAACAGAUGCAAGAGCAACAGUUGCAGGAGCAACAGCAACAACAGUUGCAGGAGCAACAGCAACAACAGUUGCAGGAGCAGCAGCAACAGCAACAACAAUCUAUGGAACUGCAUAGUUUAUCGCUGGAGAAUGCAGUUGUCGAGUUUAGACAGGAUACGCUCACGCUGCACGUGAACAGCACACCAAGUCCCACACCCAGUGCCGCCAAACGAACGCGUCGCAACAACAACAAUAAUAACCAGCAUCAACAGCAACUUGUGGAACAACCCUGCAAUCAUCAUCAGCAUAGUCCACCCACAAUUAGCAGUAAACUUGCCGCAGCCAAUUCACGCCAAUUGGUGCAGACGGCAUCUGUGAUUGCAGCAGCGGGGGCCGAUGAUAAUUACGAGAUCGAUGCGAACCUGGUGACGGAAUUCAUAAGACAACACACGUCACCACUCGGUUCGGGUCGCUACAUCUGCCACUUGUGCAGCACGGAGUUCCGGCAGUUCAAAGGUCUGCAGAAUCACAUGCAUUCGCACACCAAUUGGAUACGUGCCAAUUGCAAGAAGCAGCCGCAAUGCGAGAUCUGUUUGAAGAGUUUCAAGGGACCCGGCAUGUUGCGCAUGCACAUGAAGACGCACGAUGCGGAGACGAGUACGCCGGUGUGCAACAUUUGCAAUCGCACGUUCAAAUCGAAGGCGAUACUGUAUCGGCAUCGACAGACGCAUCAGCAACGCGCUUAUUGCUGUGGCGUCGCCAAUUGUCGCAAGAACUUCUCGAAUGCGGCGAAUCUGCGCUGGCACGUCGAACGCAAGCAUCCCGAGUGUGUGGAUCCCUUCUACAAAUGCGGUGAGUGUUCGAUGCUGUACGACAAUAUCGACGGGCUGCAACAGCAUGUGGAGACCACGGAUCAUGGCAGCAGUAGUGUGGUCAACGAGCAGCUAAUUGCCACUGGGUCAACGAAUGUGACAGCUGCGGCGGCUGCAGCAGCUGCAUUCAGCGGUGCCGUUAGCAUUGUUAGCAACGGCACUGAUAUGUCCGAUAUGACCAGCAUGAUUGCAGCGGCUCCAAAUGCAUUGGGCGGCGGCACUGGUGGACACACGGGUGACACACAUGCCGUUGUCGUUGGCUCCUCCGGCGAGAUGUAUUUUGUGACGCAGGCGUAGCCCGGGCAGUUUGCCGAGUGCCUGCUCGGCGUGUAAAUCCCAAAAAAAAACGGAAACAGAAAAUAAAAACAAAUGCCCAGGCAAUCUAGAUUUACACACAGAUCCGUACACGUAUAUAUAUAUAUAUAUUUUUAUACUACUAACU